GGAAACCUAGAUGAUCGUUUUAUGAUUAUUCGUUUUAGGAACAGUGUCGAUUGAAAGUUGUGGACCGCAAUUGGUUUUUGGCUGAAGUUAAGGGUGUUUGAUGAAUGAUAAAUGUCUCCAUCUUUAAGAAUAAGUGUUUAGGCUUAACAAAUUUAAGAAAUGUCUCAUUAUAUAUCCUUCAUAUGUUACAAAUAGAAAAAAGGCUAGAAAAACAUCUCAUGUGUGGGUUUAUUUUGAGAAGAUAACCGGUGAAGACAGAUUGCCAAAAACAAGAUGCCUCGUCUGUGACAAAGUGUUUAGUGCUCGUCCCAAACCAAAUAUAUCAACAAUGUUACGACACUUACUCAAGUGUUGUCCAAAGCCUUCAACCCAACAUUCCGUUUUAGAUAUUCGAGAAAACCCACCAGAAUGAGUGAGAAAGGAGAUCAAAUGUGUGUAUACUGCUUGGAUUUUUUUGGAAUAGAAGAUGAAAUCAAGGAUCCUGAAGAAGGAUGUGAAAAACACCUCUUCUUGUUAAGCAACCCAGAAAAGGCUAAGAAGAAUAUAAAAAGUGGUUGUUAAAGAAGAUGGAAGAGAAGGGAGGUAGUAAGGUGGGUGCUGAUGAAGGUUCUUCAAAAAUUGUUCAUACCGGAUCUGGUGAAGAAGAAAACAUAACAAUCACCGAACAAAAUCAUAAAGUUUGUCCAUUUUGUAUAUCAGUUGUAGGCAUAGUUGAUGAAGUUGAAAAUCACAAAAUAAACUGCCUUGAAAAAGACUCUCGGUCAUAUAACCUAGGUGAAGCGGUGGAAGAAUAUAGAAAUCGGGUGUUGUUGAAAAUGGAGAAAAAGGCCGAGGAAGAAAUGGGUAGACUGCAAGUGCGGGAAGAAAUAGGUUCAUCUUCAUAUUCAGCCUCAGGUAAGAAGAAGGUAGAGGAAGAAAUAGGUUCAGACUCAAGUAAGAAGACAGUAAAGGAAGAAAUAUGUUCAAACUCAAGUAAGAAGAACGUAGAGGAAGAAAUAAGUUCAGACUCAAGUAAGAAAAAGGUGGAGAAAGAAAUAGGUUCAUUUUCGUAUUCAGUCUCAGGUAAGGAAGAAAUUGGUUCAGACUCAAGUAAGAUGAAGGUUGGGAAAGAAAUGGGCUCUGAGACAACUAAAUCAGACUCAACUGAAUCCUUUGAACAAGAACUAGCAGAAACAACUGAAUCCACUGAACCAGCAGAGACAACUGAUAAUGAAAUGCCUGAGAUUCAUAUUGUCAGAGAAAUCUUGAUCGCUAAGGGUGGAUGAAGCAACGACAUCGUCGGAAAUUUCUGUGAGUGAGAUAGUAAAUAUUCUGAAAGACAAAGUCACAAUGACGUUCCAGUCACUCGGUAUAAAACAAUAGUCUUGCUGGUAGAGUGAGCUAAUUCUUGUCCAAGGUAUGAGCUCGAAUCUUAUGGUUUUUGAAUUGUAAUAAUUGGGAUUGUUGACCUCACUUGUUGAUGGUUUUUGAUACUUAGUGAUUAAUUUCUGAAUUCU